CCUGGCGUUACCAAGGUUACAGUCGGCGUUGAUCACAGAGGCGAGAAGGUGGUCGAGUUAGUGAGGGACGGGGUAGAGGAACCGGAGCAGCAAUGUCGAGGAUACGGCCAUUAGACAUGAGCAGAAAGCAGUACCAGCAGCUGGCCGACACCCUCUGCAAACUCACCAAGCGCUUCAACAGACAUGAGGUGCAGUGUUUGAUGAAAGUCUUCAGUACACUUGUUGCCACUUUUCCUGAGCAGCGUAUCGGAAUUGGACUGGAUCGAAACAAAUUCAGAAACAUUCUGCACACCACAUUUGGCAUGACUGAUGAUAUGAUCAUGGACAGAGUUUUUCGUGCGUUUGACAAAGACAAUGAUAGCUAUGUCAACAUGAGGGAAUGGAUUGAAGGACUAUCAAUAUUCCUCCGUGGGACUUUGGACGAAAAAAUUAAAUUCUGUUUUGACGUUUUUGAUCUGAAUGGAGAUGGGUUCAUUUCACGAGAGGAGAUGUUUCAUAUGCUGAAAAGCAGCCUAAUCAAACAACCAACAGAAGAAGAUCCUGAUGAGGGAGUUAAAGACUUGGUAGAGAUAGCACUGAAAAAGAUGGACCGUUACUGUUGGAAGAGUGUUGGAAGAGGGCACCAAGUGCUAAAGGACUACGAUCAUGAUAACAAAGUUUCAUAUGUAGACUUUGAGAAGGCAGUAAAGGUUGAAAACCUUUUGUUGGAAGCUUUUGGACCAUGCCUACCAGAUUCAAAGAAGUCGAUAAUGAGAAAAAACGGGUUAGAUCGAUCAAGGUUGGUAGCUGCAGGCUGCAAAUCCCUGUUCCAGAUGGAAGAGGUCAUGGGUUUGGAAGGUGCUGUCAAACAAAGGAGGCUUGAGUGCACAUGCAUUUGAAGAACAGGCCUUCAAGAAAUCCAAGGAUGAUUAAUUUUUGUCAACGCUUCGUAAGAUUGCAUCGUCAUUGUUUUCAUAAUGGUCAACUAAACUCUUACUUCAUCAUUCAUUACCAGUAGCUCAUGCACUAAGGAAUUUAUUAAAUCAAGCAUUGUGCAAUUGGUUAGGUGUUUCUUCUCACAUCACCUGUGUAAAAUAAGUCUUCCUAUUGCACCAACUCAAUAACCUUUGCAUCAAUUAUAUGGAAUGACUGGUACAAUACAGAAAAUACAAAUUGUUAUUUUUAUAAAAACAUCUAAAUGUUGAAGCUAAUAAGUAUUUAACAUUGCAAAAUAAAUCUACUUCCAGUUCUCAAUUUUUCUUUAAAAAUUGCUGGAGCAUAUAUGAAAGCUUGUAUUGGGAAAGACCACUUUUUGAAAAUCCUUUGAUAAGACAUUUUGUACAAUACUUGCAGGAUAUUCUGUCAAAAAUUGUCUUAGAAUUUUAAAAAAGAUAAAGAUUUUUUUUAUAUGUUUAAGAAAACGAUGUACAUUUUAUGUAUAAAAGAUAAAGAUGUGUAAAUUUGACUAUGGACGAUGCAUCUCAAUAUUGUAAACUUUUGCCAAUACCAGUUUUGCCUAUGUCUGUAUAAUUGAUAGUAUAAACUCACUAUAUUAAACAAACACUUUUUGAAUGUUAA